CUUCUCUUGAUGUAGGAAGUUCCUGCGCUGUCCGACGUUGUUUGGUGCAUGCUUGAGAGAUUCACGCGUGCGUUUCGUAUGGCAGAGCGGGCAAUUUGUGUCGUGUUUCCAGAGUUCAUGCAUUUAUUAGACCCCUAACAUGGAUUGCCUUAAAACCGAUUCUCUCUUUUUAUCGGAUAUUAAGCGGUAUGUGACAGUGAGAAAUGUUUAUUUUUUCAGUGUUGUACAACAAAGUAACUGUUAAUUUACAUUAAUGAUCUCAGCAGUGCAAUUCAGUGGUCCCUCUUAUUAAAUCAUUUACUGUGUUUUCUUUAAGAAUGUGGUUUCGUUGUUAGACCUACUGUGAAAAGGUGUUGUAUUCUUGGAGUUUUUAGAACAUAACUAUUGAUUCCUACCCGAAGCCUUUGUCAUUUAUGAAACGUACUGAAAUGUGUUAUAGUUUAAUUUACUGCUAGAAGUGUUCAACGUCCCACCUGGAUAAUAUCUUGCAAUCCAUUGCUUCCUAUUGGCAACAAGCACGUUGGCAGGUCAUGUCUGUGGUGGGGCACGAGUGACGUCACCUGGGGCAGUAUGAUAUGAUGAGUUCACCUACGCAUCGCAGUGAGAGCAACAUUCGACGUUAUGGCAAAGGAACCAGGCCGUCCAAGAAGAGUGGUCCCAUGUACUCUGACUUCUACGACGAGAAGGACAAUUCCGACGGCAACCUCGGCCAGCGGUCCGUUUCUUUGACUGCCUUACAUCCUGGACAAGUUCCAGCAGUGCCUCUGGAGCCGCGGAUGGCGCAGCUGGAAACCCUGGAGGCCAAGAUGGCCAGUAUUGAGGUGUCCCUCUCAACAACCCCGCGCCGAAAGAAGAACGGGAGUAUUGGGGGCGGCUGCGGCGGCGUAGGCACAAUAACAACAGGGGUAGUCAGCGGCCCCCCAGUACAUCGCCCCAUCACGUCUAAAGACAUCGCCAAGGAACUGGAAACCCUGCGUAAUGUCGUGCGGGAUAAGGAGAACGUGAUCCAAAGCCUCAAGGGGCAGCUAUGCAAUACGCUGAGCAUCAGUCGCCUGUCGGCGACGUACCUGAGACAAAACAACAGCGGGCAACCCCUCACAGAGAAGGAACGCCGUUCUGCGGAGGAACGACUACAGAGACUGCGCCAGGACAUGGACAACAAGCGACUUACUAUCAAGAACCUCAAGAUGGCGCUUGAGAGGCUCGACAUCACCGACAACAUCGACGUCCGGAUCCAGCAAGCAGAGCUGGAGUAUCAGCUCGGUCGGGAGGAGCUCAACUUGCUUACCUUGCUGGAGGAGAGCCGUAAUCUGCAGUUGUGCCUGGAAAACGCCGAGCAAAACCGCACGAAGAACGACGCCUCUACCAUCUAUAGCUCUGUGAGUGGGUCUAGCAACGUGACUCUGCACGCCUUGGAACUUACCUACGACCCCAAGAGUCCGAGAUUUGGUGCGGGGCCGUGGGAAGAUACGCUUGGGCUAUACGUGGAGUGGGCAACAGAGGACUCGGGCAUGGUCAAGGGGGACAGGCUGCUUGAGGUGAACGGAAAGCUGGUGUUAACAAAGACCAAGGAGGAUAUGUUCCGUCUUCUGGCAGUGACUCCAGACCCUGCUCAGUUGGUUGUGAUGCGUACACACCCUUCAACUUCAGCAUCGCUCUUACCCACAACAGCCACUAUCCACCAGUAUGACCAUUCACGGGAACUUCUGUUACUCCGUGAGGAGCUGGAUACUCUUAGAGGGCGUGCAGAAGAUGCAGAGCGUGCCAAGGACAGCUUCAGGAGUGACAACCUCCGCUUGACACAUAGGAUCUCCUACUUGGAGGAACAAGUUGCAGAGCUUCUGCAGAGAAUGAAGGAUGAAGAAACUUUGUCACAUUCCAAUGGUGUAACACAAAGUCCCCUUACUUCAUCAUCUUCAGCAUUAUUAAAUGGCUGUGUGAAUGGAGUUCGACCAAUAACAACACCUACAAAAACUUCUACAGGUAAAUCUGAUGUCCAGGUCUUCCAAAAGGGGCCACAAGUGACAGCAUUGAUUGCAAAUCUACCAGGACUUGAAGUAGGAAACAGUAGUCCUGUAGAGUCCCGACACAGUUUACCUACACUAAGACCCAAACCAAACGCUCCAUACUCAUCUUCAGGUGGGACCAUGCAUCAUUACACUGUCACAAAGAACCCAGAUGUGCGCAGUACAAAGUCCCUAGACUUUGGGUCAGACUGUUCAUCUUCUGGAGGAAUGAAUCAUCACCACCGACAUGAGAAACACUCACACCACCAUCAUCUUCAGAAUGCUAGGAGUACCAACUCACUUGAUAUGAACAAAUCAGAUGGAACAUCCACACUCCAACCUAAAAGCAAGCAUCAUUCUCAUCACAGACUCUAUGAAGCAACAAGAACUGCCAAACCUGGAGAACAGUGUGUGUACGAUUACAGUACAGAGGUUUCCUCUGGCAUUGAUCGUUCAAAACGUUACCAAAGAAAACUUCUGGAAGGACACCACCAGCAAUCUGAAUCACACCAGUUACGUCCUGAUAUGAAAUCAAAACCAGAUUGCACUUCUGAAUCUCUUUCAGGAACCAAACGUAUUGAUAAGCUGCAUGAUGUUCGGAGUGUAAAGUCUUUGGACUUUGAUUCUGAGACAUCAAGACACGAGCACCACACUCAUCAGUCACAUUCUCAUUCUGAAAAUAACCAUGACACUCAGAGUACAAGGUCUCUGGACUACGCAUCAGAGCCAACAAGCCACACUACUUUCCGCAGUUACAGGAAACAUCACAAUCACCACAAUGGAAAUAGCAGCUAUACUGAGAGCAAGCUCCAAAGGCCUACGCCACCAAAGAAACCUCUACGAUUAUCUUUACACAGGGCAACAAGCCUGCAGUCUGUCAGUGCCACCCCACCAACACCUCCAACACCAGCUGAUUGCAUACAACAAGGUAGCAAGAAACCAACAAAACGAAAUCACAAAGGAGAAGCACCACCAACACCAACUGUGAUUCACAUUACUAAGGAAUCCCCUCAACCCCCACCAAGAACACCAUCCCGAGCAGAAUCAUGUCAGUCAGCCCUGCGGUGGCCUUCGCCUGCUGCCGCUUUGCAUCAGGCAGUCAUACUCAAGACAGCACGCAGUGGCACACAUCUGUUAGGCCACCCUAAUGAGAAGUGGUGUUAGUUUAUAGAUGCUCAUCACGGUGUGUGUACACAUAGCCAUCUAUGCUGGCGCACCUCUACAUCCACAUGCACACAAUUAUGCGACUUCCAUAAUAUAUGGAACUCCUUUAAAACUGCCUAAUGAGGUGAAAAUAAAAAUGGUAUUGCAAUGUAA